AUGGAUUUCGUUAAAGACAUAACGCGUAAUAUUAAGAAAGCUGUCGUGGCAAGUUCGUUGGAAGAGAUACGCGCGAAAGUCUCAGAAAAAUUUGAAAAACUUGAUCAAUUACCGACCAUUCAUUUAGAUUCGGAUGGCACUGAAAUCGACGAUGAAGAAUAUUUUCGUACAUUAGAUGAAAAUGCUGAACUGAUAGCAGUUUUCCCCGGCGAACAUUGGAUUGAUCCUUCGCAUUAUGUUGAGGUUACCAAUCCUAAUGAUCAAACCGAUGCUACUAUGACAGAUGUUGCCGCCAAAACUGCCCGCAUCAAACAACUUGUGGGACAAUUGCAAAAUAAUUUAUGCAAUGUCUCGGUUAUGAGUGAUCCCGAUUUGGAUUCGCUUUCGAAUAUGGAUCCAAAUUCAUUGGUGGAUAUAACUGGCAAAGAUUUCAUGGAACAACUUAAGGAUUCAGGCAGACCAUUGUGUGCAAAGCGAAACGCUCAGGACCGAAUUAACUUGUUAAAGUUAUUAAAAGAAGGUGCGAUAUUUUGUUCUGAACGUUAUCCGGAGGAUGCGGAAGCCAUUGAUAUGGAAAUACGGCGGCAAUUGAAUGAGGAAACAUAUGUUGAUAAAGCAAAUAAUGCAGAGACAACCGAACAAGACCAAAAUAUAAUGCAGUUAGAAGACAUCAAUGAAACAAUGUCAACUACGACAACAUCAACAACAAUAAUGACAAAUACGAAACCGCAACAAACUUUGAUAACAAUUGUGGUAGACGAUACAACUGUAUCUACGACAACGACGACAACACCAAUAGAAACAUCAACACCAACAACAACAACAAACAACAACAAUAAUAGUAACGAUGCAGGUAACAUUAAAAUACACGACAUAUGACUACCGAUUUUUCGUAGCAUUACAUGAAAUUUGGAGAAUAUAUGUAAGGAAAAAGGUUGAAAAGUAAGGGGAAGGAUAUAGAUUUUUUGAGAACCCUGGAAUAAUAAUAAUAAUGAUAAAAAAAAAAAAUAAAAAAAACAUUUAAAAUUGAAACUAAAGAAAAAAUUU